UCUGCUUCCUUGUAUACGGUCUUGUAGAUUUCCAACGUCUUUCUGAUCUCUCUCCCAAUCUCUCUCUAAAUCUCUCUGUGGAUUCCAUUCACUAUCAAACUAUUGUCAACGUUUCAAUCAACUUCCAGCUGCUGUUAAUGGCGUCUGAGGAGGAUCAAAGAGAUGUGUUUCCCAAGGAAAUGAUGUACAGAACUAAGGUUAUCAAGUUCCUUGGACGUACUACUCCGAUCAUUCUUCAAAACGAAAACGGACCUUGUCCUCUUCUCGCUAUUUGUAAUGUUUUGUUGCUAAAGAACAACUUAACAUUGAGUCCUGAUGUUGCUGAAGUAUCACAGGAGAAGUUACUUUCUCUAGUUGCUGAACGUUUAAUUGAUUCAAACAGUAAUGUUAAUAAUAAAGACAUGGGGUUUCUUGAAAAUCAACAGCAAAAUAUUGCUGAUGCUAUUGAUCUACUUCCUUUACUGGCAACUGGAAUCGAUGUAAAUACAAAAUUCAGAAGGAUAGAUGAUUUUGAGUUUACACGUGAGUGCACGAUAUUUGAUCUGUUGGAUAUUCCACUAUAUCAUGGAUGGAUAGUUGAUCCACAGGAUAUCGAUACUGCAAAUGCAAUUGGGUCGAAGUCCUAUAAUACUCUAAUGGAGGAGCUUGUCUCCCUCGAGACACGAAAGCAAGAGCAUGAAAACAGUUAUGAAGGCGAUUCAGUUGAUUUUGCCGCUGCAACAGCUGCAACUCUUGGAGUUCCUUCACCAUCCCUUUCUAGAGGCAUAUCUUUUGAUGAUUCUCCUCAGUGUGCCCCUGAUUGCCACACAACAAAAGGUGAUAUGGAUGAAAAACCAGAGAAAUUGGGAGUCUUGAAACUAUCAGAGGGUGAAUUGCAGGUUCCUUCAGAUGAUAUUAAAGAUUUAGCCAAUGGCUUUAAUGGAAGUGUAUGUUUGGACACGUCUGACACUUCUGUUCUAACAGAAGAACUGGGACUUGUUGAUAAUGAAAACAAAGAGUCUCAAAUAACAGGAGAUCACAAUGCAUUCAGCAAUUCCAAUGAUCAGGUCAUUAGUCAAGAAACAACUUGUGGAGAACCCGUUUCUACCAAAACUGACCAGGAAAACAGCAUUUCAGUAUCUUCUUCUGAGAAAACAGUUACAUGUGAAGAAUCCAAAGAUAUAGUUGUGACAGACAGGAUUAACAAUUUGGUUCAGAGAGAGAAUAUGGAAUCUGCUGGUGAAUUCCCAUCUACCUCUGAUAUAGAAGACCCUGCAUCUAAAGAUGAACAGCAUAUACUCGAAUCAUAUAGAGAUGGACAUAUUAUUUCAAAUGGCCAAAACAAACUUGAAGCAACCGAGUUAUCUACACCUGUAGCAUAUGCUGAUUUAGAUUCAUUGGGCGAUAAAAGUCAACAUAUUGAACUACCUAACGUUGUUGCUUCUAGCGUUGAUAAUAGCGAGCCUAUAUAUGAAGGAGAGGAACGAAUGGACUCCGCAGUGACAAUUCAUCAAGAUCGAGAACCUAUCUAUGAAGGCGAGGUGGUUCUUGCAGAACAAGUUGAGAAAAGUACAGGAGAUGAUGAUGAUAAUAAGGGAAGUUCGAUGAAUAAAAUUACUACUAAACAAGGAGAUCUGAUAAGGAAUUUUCUUGACAGCAAUGCCAGUCAGUUAACAAUAUUUGGCCUAUUUUUUCUACAAGAGGGACUGAAACAACGAGAACUCAGCGUAUUUUUCCGCAAUAAUCACUUCAACACAAUGUUCAAGUUUGAUGGCCAACUUUACAUUUUGGCGACUGACCAGGGAUAUAUAAAUCAGCCUGAUCUGGUCUGGGAAAAGCUAAAUGAGGUCAAUGGGAAUACAGUCUUCAUGACAGGUGAUUUCAAAGAAUUCAGAAUUGAAGAUCGUACUGGCAGUAUAUGGGAUGAACAAAAUGCAGUGACCAAUACAACUGACUAUCUUGCCAGCAUUGACACGUCGGCGCAAGAUAAUUCAAGUUUCAACUCCGAUCUGCAGUUGGCAAUAGCUCUUCAACAGCAAGAGUUUGAGCAGCAACAGCAACCGCGAAACGUGCAGCAACCACAACAAACUGUUAGUACCAACAGUUCAAGGUUGAUUACAGGACCACAGGUUCCGAGAAGCAGUGCGAGGAAUCCACAGGUGGUGCCUACAAGGCCAGAACCGAAACAAACGAAGGAGAAGUGUUCGAUUAUGUAAUAAUAAUUUAGUAGUAUUUGACAUAGUUAACAGUUGGGGUGGAAGAAUACUAACAACAAUUUAUUAUUAUGUAUUUCUUCUCCUUUUUAUUGUAAUGUGUUGUGAUUUUUCUCUCUUAUGUACAGCUUUUGGUAAUUUAAAUUUUAUGGACCAAUUUGUUGACCCCUUAUUAUGCAUCAUUUAUUUAAGUA